AAAAGUAGGUUUGGCACGUUGUCUUAAUUUAGAAAUAGAAAUGACAUUUCAAGGACAAAUACUUUCGGUACUUUGGCACUUGUUUAUGACUUUCUGAAUAUAAAACCAGCGUUGUUUUCUGCGAGCGUUAAUUGUUUCAACUUGAAAAGACGAAGCAUGCAUCUGCAUUGUGUGCUCACACUGCUGGCAUUGUUUGGUAUCCCCGUAUCAGAAUGCCUACAAUGUUUCAACUGUCAAAAUAUCAAUGAUCCCCAAUCAUGUACAGGCCAGUUGGAAUGUUUAGACAACCAGUCCUGCUUUGUGCAAACCGUCCAUUCUGGCAAUGAAGUACUUUACAACAUGGGCUGUCAGAACAAUCAGUUAUGCAGUUCCUUACCUGUUGACCACAGUGGAAUCAUUGGUCGCUCAGUACAGACAAGACAACAGAACAGAUGUCAUGACUGUUGUAGUACAGAUUACUGCCAGAAGGAGCAACCCUGUGCUCAAAGAGAAGUUGAUGGACAGUGGGGUUCAUGGACUGCAUGGUCCCUUUGUACAUCCCACUGUAACCAGACACGGAAUCGAGCGUGCGACAAACCGUCACCUCUACAUGGCGGGAGAGAUUGCCCCGGACUUAAAGCGCAAGCUCAAGUCUGUAUCACAUCUUCAUGUCUAGUUGCUGACUGUUCUGAUCUGCUACGCCUGAAUGCUACUCUUGCAAGUGGGGUGUACCGCAUCACAACCCCCCUCACUCACUCCAAGUUACAGGUGUACUGUGACAUGGAGACGGACGGAGGAGGAUGGACGGUUUUCCAAAAACGUUUCAACGGCAGUGUGGAUUUUUAUCGGAACUUCAGUGAAUAUGAAAACGGAUUCGGAUUUGUUGACGGUGAACACUGGCUAGGACUAAAAUACCUUCACGAGAUGGCUUCUCUGGGUAGCUAUCAACUCCGUCUGGAUAUCGUACGGUCUAACGGGAGCAAGGGAUUUGAUGUGUAUGAUAAUUUCAUCUUGGGACCUGGACCUAAUUAUACAUUUCACAUCGGAUCACGAUUACGUUUUAGUGGAUGUCGAUCACUCUUUGAAGGUUCAAGUUUUUCACCAAACGACCAAUCAUUUACUACAUAUGACCACAACUACAGCAGGAGUAUUAAUUGCGCAGAUCGGUUCCACGGCGCCUGGUGGUAUAACAUGUGUUUUAAUUUCAAUGCAAAUGGAUUGUAUGAUCCAGGAAUAUAUAACCCAAAGGCCAUGGCAUAUAACGAUAAUGUUGGCCUAAGUGCUACCACUUUAAUGUUCAAACGAAUUUGAUUUUUAUUUUAAUAUCUGUACUUUUAAACAGAGUAUCCUGAUUCCAUCAGCAAAUGUAAAAUAACACUACACGACCAAUAUCACCAUUUUCCUUAUUGCCAAUAUAGUUAUUAAACUAACUUCACUAAUACUGUAUUUACAAUUUUAUAUUGUAAAAUAUUAUCUUUUGUAUCGUUUGCAUGGUUUCAAGAUGUUAGAAAUAAUGUAUUAUAACAUGUACUUGUGUUAUACAAAAUGCAUGCAUACGAGUCUUCACUAAUACAAUAAAAUCCAGACUAUUCGAUGAAAUGUUUGGACAAAAAUUA